AUGAAGGUCACCGCCAUAUACGUGUAUCCCAUCAAGGCGCUUCGUCCAGUCCGCCUUGACAAAGCUCAGCUCACCUCGCAAGGAGUUCAAUAUGACCGCCGCUUCAUGCUCUGCCGUGUGGACGAUGCGGACCCUUCCAAGCUUACCAAAGUUCAAAUCGACAAGGUGUAUGGCUGUGGGCUCUUCAAGCAAGAAAUCGUCGACGACAGCAUUCACGUCACGUAUCUGACCCCCAAGGAACCUGUCGUCCCUGCACAUCCAUUGCAAAAAGAUGUCCUCAAGGUCUCGCUGAGCCCAGACACGUCCGACUUGGACACGGUGGACUUCGACUUGCACCUAAGCAUGGUGACAGCGUACCGCAUGGGUUCCAAGUAUGACGAAUGGUUCUCCGCCUGCUUUGGCUUCAAAACCAUCUUGAUCUAUAUCGGAGACGGACGCCGCCCCGUCCUCGGAACGUACGCUCCUCAAGUGGAGGGCCCGCCAGAACAACGAGGUUGGCUAUCCACGAUAUCCAGCUAUGUCACUGGCACCCCGCAAAGUGCCAAAGAAAAGCCGUGGCUGGCCUUCACAGACCUGGCGCCUUUCCUCGUCGCCUCGGAAAAGUCGCUCGCCAACGUGAGAGCCCGAGUGCCCUCAAGCGACGUCGCAAUCACAGCGUUCCGCCCCAACAUUGUCGUGGACGGCGAGGCGGAAUUUGAUGAGGACUUCUGGGCCGAACUCUCCGCCAACCAUGAGCCCUUCCUCACUCUUACCAAAAUGUGUAGCCGCUGUCCGUCUCUCAACGUCGACUACGACACCGGCAAAAUAGCCGAGGGCGAGAGAGGCACGGUCCUCAAGAAGCUCAUGUCCGACCGACGGGUAGACACAGGUGCCAAGUACAGUCCCGUCUUCGGAAAAUAUGGCUUCCUGAACCAAGGACAGGAGAACAUGGUUCUCUCCAUAGGCGACGAAAUCACCGUUACCAGACGCGCCGAUGACCGACCCGUUUUUGACUGGCCCCUACGUUCUCGCGGCGCCGAGCCCCAAUUCUACAAAUACUCCUAA